CUCCGGUGACUAACCCACCGGAGAAGUCGUCGGUGGAAGAAGGGGAAAAAAAAACAAGUGGGCGGCAGAGGUUGCUUGGCUUCCUGGACUGGAGUUCGAAUCCCGACGAUGAAAUCCGAGCUGGUUUCACGUUCUCCACGGACUUCACCAUCACUUCCAUCAACUUUCCGGCUGAUCGCCGAGCAGAAUGAGUCGUUGCGCGCGGAUUAACUUAACUCUCACACAAUGCUAAUUAUGGCAUUUGUUUAGUUGGCGGCACUGUGACUCAGUUUCCCGCCAAAAGUGUCAUCCCCUUGGCAGCUAUUUACCGCCAAAACGGCUCCCCGUCCACGCCCAUCGGCAUCAUACCGCAUUCUCACUCUCCGCUUCUUCAGCAUCUCUACGAGUUCCUCCUUCGACUCCGACGCAUUUCCUCCCCGGUGAAUGAUGAAGCCUCUCGACCUGACUGCCGACAAAGAUUUCGCCAAGGAGUUCCUGAGAGAGUUCGUCGAUGCCAAUGGUGAAGCUAAGUACAUGAACAUCCUCCAAGAUGUUGCAAACCACAAGGUUCGCGCGGUUCACAUUGAUCUUGACGACCUGUUCAAUUGGACGGGCUCGGAUGAAGAUUUCCCUAAACGGGUUACUGAGAAUACCAGACGAUACCUGGGGACCUUUGCCUCUGCAAUUGAUGAGCUAUUGCCUGAACCAACUGAGACGGUUCCCGAUGAUGACCACGACAUACUAAUGACGCAGAGGGCCGAGGACCCAACGGAGAGUGCGGAUGGUUCUGAUCAGCAGCAGAAAAUGCCUCCUGAAAUCAAGCGUUUCUAUGAAGUUUACAUUAAAGCAGCUUCGAAGGACAAAAAAUUGAUCAUCAGAUCAGUCAAAGCUUCAAAUAUUGGUCACCUUGUAAGAGUUUCUGGUAUUGUGACACGGUGUUCAGAUGUCAAGCCAUUGAUGCAGGUUGCUGUGUAUACAUGUGAAGAAUGCGGCUUUGAGAUAUAUCAGGAAGUAACUGCACGGGCAUUCAUGCCUUUGUUCAAAUGCCCGUCCAUACGCUGUGUAACAAAUAAGAGAAAUGGGAACCUUAUUCUACAGCUCAGAGCAUCUAAGUUUCAGAAGUUUCAGGAGGCUAAGGUUCAGGAGUUGGCAGAAGAUGUUCCAAUGGGCCAUAUUCCACGGUCCAUGACUGUUCAUUUUAGGGGUGAUCUGACAAGAAGGGUUGCCCCAGGUGACAUAGUUGAAUUGUCAGGAAUCUUUCUUCCAAUUCCAUUUACUGGAUUCAGAGCAUUGCGUGCUGGGUUGGUUGCUGAUACAUAUUUGGAUGUGAUGUCUGUCAAUCAUUCCAAGAAAAGAUAUGAAGAGUAUGAGCAGGGAGGUGAUGAGGAAGAGCAAAUUAUGCGACUGGCCGGGGAUGGUGAUAUAUAUAAUAAGUUGGCACAGUCAUUAGCACCUGAAAUUUAUGGACAUGAAGAUAUUAAGAAAGCUUUACUACUUCUCCUUGUGGGUGCUCCUCAUAGGAAAUUGAAGGAUGGGAUGAAGAUUAGAGGAGAUCUACAUAUAUGUCUUAUGGGUGAUCCUGGAGUGGCAAAAAGUCAACUUCUGAAGCACAUUAUCAAUGUUGCACCCAGGGGAGUGUAUACUACUGGCAAAGGAAGCAGCGGCGUUGGUCUAACUGCUGCUGUUCAAAGAGAUCCAGUUACAAAUGAAAUGGUCUUGGAAGGCGGGGCUUUGGUGCUUGCUGACAUGGGUAUUUGUGCAAUUGAUGAGUUUGACAAGAUGGAUGAAUCAGAUCGUACUGCAAUUCAUGAAGUUAUGGAACAGCAGACUGUCAGCAUUGCAAAAGCUGGGAUCACCACUUCGCUAAAUGCAAGAACUGCUAUCCUUGCUGCAGCUAAUCCAGCAUGGGGGAGAUAUGACAUGCGGAGAAGUCCAGCUGAAAAUAUCAAUUUGCCUCCUGCUCUUCUAUCAAGAUUUGAUCUUCUAUGGUUGAUUCUUGAUAGAGCAGAUAUGGAUGCAGAUCUUGAAUUGGCUAGGCAUGUUGUUCAUGUGCACCAAAACAAGAAAUCUCCUGCUCUUGGCUUUGCUCCUCUUGAACCAUCUAUACUCCGUGCAUAUAUUUCUGCUGCAAGGAGAUUAUCGCCAUAUGUGCCCAGGAACCUUGAGGAAUAUAUCGCAACUGCGUACUCCAGCAUUCGGCAAGAAGAAGCCAAGUCAAAUGCUCCUCAUUCCUACACAACCGUCCGAACCCUGCUUAGCAUUCUCCGAAUAUCAGCUGCAUUAGCAAGGCUCCGGUUCUCAGAGACUGUGGCACAAAGUGAUGUUGAUGAGGCACUUAGACUAAUGCAAAUGUCGAAGUUCUCGUUGUAUUCUGAGGAACGUCAAAAGUCUGGUCUGGAUGCAAUCUCCGACAUCUACUCAAUCUUGCGGGAUGAAGCUGCAAGGGCCGACACAAUGGAUGUGAGCUAUGCUGAUGCUCUUAACUGGAUUUCUAGGAAGGGGUAUAGCGAGGCACAGUUGAAAGAAUGCUUAGAAGAAUAUGCUGCUUUGAACGUGUGGCAGAUUACCCGCCCCAGCUUCGACAUUCGGUUCAUUGAUGCCUGAAAACUGGAAUCCCAUACGUGUUACAGAUUGGCUUUGGCCUUUGGCCCUUCUUCCCCCCUUUAAUUCUUUCUGGGGAACGGUUUAGUGUGUGAAAUUGAUGUUAGGCCUACUGACAGUAGUAUUGCUUCGUUCUGGUAAAAGGACAACUAGUCAUGUAUAAUUUGUCAGCAUGAAAUAAAGAUGAUUGAAUUGCUAUGAAUGUAUGUACAUGAUGUGAUAAGUGUAUGAACUCGAUCUUGAUGUACAUUCGUCACAGAUUUGAUCUUAACUGUUUGGAGGACCAUUCUAUAAGGGAAAAUAUUUGGGGGACAAAAUAACGGUCACUAAAAGACACAGUCGCGUAAACUUUUGUCACGAACAAAUUGAGAUUUGACCGCAAUAGUCAUUGGUUACAUUGCUGACCAACUAUCGGAUUGGUCACAAUUGCUCAAUGAUUUGGCGACUAAAUUCAGAAAUGGUGA